AUGGCAGAGCUGCUUAAACCAGGAGCAACCCAAGAGAAAGCAGAUGAAGCAAGAACUUCCUUCUUAGUAGGUGCAAUUACAGUGUCAAAUAUGGUUAAAAGUACACUAGGUCCCAGGGGUAUGUUGAAAUUAUUGUACUCCCAGAAUGGCCAGCCUAUUAUAACGAAUGACGGUGCUACUGUCUUGAAGAAUAUUCUACCUUCUGGGGCAUCUUCAAAGAUCCUCAUAAAUUCAGCAAAGGAGCAUGGGGAGAAGGAAGGAGAUGGGACUACUACACUGACAGUUCUAACGGGAGGAUUAUUGCAUGAAGCAGACAAGCUUAUUUUCAAUGGGUAUCACCCGUAUAAGAUAAUGGGAGAGUACAGGAGUGCACACAAACAAGCCAUAGACCUUCUGAGGAGUUUGACUCUGAAGGAAAAUCAGGCAGAUAGAUUAUCUCUUGCUAAGACAACACUUUCUUCAAAGUUCUCACCGAUUGAGCUGGAGGCACUGAGUAACUUGGCUAUUUCUGCGGCUAGCAAGAUAGAAGGGUCCUUGGAGAUGCUUAAUAUCAUAAAGGUAGAAGGCGGUGAGGUGGGUGAUUCUUAUGUGCACCCAGGCCUAUUAUUAGAGUGUGAUGUAGGACCAGGCCAGAAAGAGUCUUUUGAUGAGCCGCGUGUGCUUAUAAUUAAUACAAGCCUGGACACGGACAAGGUUAAAAUAUUCGGGGCAAAGGCAUCUGUCUCUUCGCCUGCUGAGCUGGAGAAGUUGGAGGCAGCAGAGACCCUAAGGAUGCGAAACAAGGUGGAGAGCAUUGCCAGAUAUGCAGAUGUAAUUGUAAACAGACAGAUUAUAUACGACUAUCCCACACAGGAAUUUACAAGACAUGGUAAAAUAUCAAUAGAAAGGGCUGAUUUCACAGGUGUAGAGAUGCUUGCUAAGGUACUCCAUGGGAGAAUUCUUAGUACGUUUGAUAAUGUAUCUGAUGGGGAUAUUGGCAGGUGCAGCAGAUUUGAGAAAGUGAAGAUCCAAGGGAGGUCAUUUUGUUCCUUUACGGGUGGUCUGAAGGAUGGAGCAUGCACCGUGGUAAUUAGGGGGUCAUCCCAGGAGAUACAGGAGGAGUGCGAGAGGUCCCUGGUGGGGGCGAUAAAGGUCCUGGUGAAAACCAAAGAUGAGUACGUGUGCGGGGGAGGCAGUGCAGAAGCUGCAGUUGCACAGAUGCUGCAGCCAAAGACAGAAGGAGAGAGAGCAUAUGCCAGAGCCCUUUUGGACGUGACACGGGCCCUGGCUGAGAAUGCAGGUAUCCCAGCGGAUGACUUGCUUGAUGCGCUGGCUGUGAAGAAUGCCCAGGGCGUGCACACAUUUGGUGUGGGGCCAGAUGGGGCAGUGUGUAUGGAAGCAGCAGGUGUCCGGGAGUCCUUGCGUCUUAAGGAGAUCGUAUGGAGCAAAGCCGCAGAGACAGCAGAGGUACUUUUAAGGUGCGAUGGAAACAUAAAGUGCAGGCCCCGGGAAAGAGUCCAUGAGUAG